AUGGACGGCCUUCACCACCUCGUGCCGCGUGCCCUCUACUUAGAGCCUGUUCUGCCUCAGGGCAUCAACGCUGGCAAUCUCACAGCCUUGGCUGAAUACUAUGUCACCAACCGCAUCCCGCAACGCUUCAACCCGGGUAUCGUUGUCGCCUCGGUCGCCGUUUCCGCUCUCGGCUCCUACUCGACCCUCCUCCUUCUCGGCAAGCGCACGUCUAACAAGGGCAAGAGGAACAUCUUCCUCCUCUCGUUUGCCGCCACGACCAUGGCCGCCGUCGGUAUCUGGGGUAUGCACUUCAUCGGCAUGCACAUGAGCCUUCGUCCCGUCGCCGGCAUCAACUGGUACAUCAAGGUCGACCCGGGUUUCACUGUGCUCAGUCUCUUCGUUCCCGUCAUUGCGCUCCACGCUGCCUUCUUCAUUGUCGACGCCGCGGUCUCGUUUAGCAUCAUUAGGACAACCAUCAGUGGUAUCCUCACGGGUCUCAUUGUCAGUCUGAUGCACUACUCGGCUUCGCUCAAGACCAACUACGCCGUCAGCUACAGCCCUACGCUCGUCACCAUUUCCAUCGUUGUCGCUUGUGUCGCUUCCACCGUCGCCCUGACAGGCUUCUUCAAGUUCCGAUCGCAGUGGGAGGACUCGUGGUGGAAGCGCAUGCUUUGCGCUUUCAUCCUGGCUGCUGCCGUGUCCGGCAUGCACUACAUUGGUGUGUGGGGCACCAGCUACAAAGUCAAGGCCUCCACCAUCAGUGGCGCCAACGAGAUCAGCCUGCUUACCGGCCGCCAGCGCAACAACGUGCUCGUCAUUGCCAUCGGCUGCAUGUGCUUUGUCAUUAUCUGCCUGUCGAUCUUCAUUGCCGUUUCGGACGCGCUGCUCGUCCGCGAUGCGCGCAGGAAGUCCAAGAAGGUCGUCGUUUGCUCCGCGACAUUUGACAAGCAGGGGCGCUUGCUCGUCAAGCCCGACGGUACCAUGCCGCUCAUGAUCAUCGAGACGGAUGUCAACACGCGCGAUAUUCUGGAUGCCUUGGACAACAGGCAGCCUACCUUCCAGUGGCUGUACUCGCUCUCUUGGGACUGGGCCAUCAUUGCGCCUUGGCUCAGGGCCAUCACCUCGCGCUUUGCCGCUGAGACGCAGCACGCCCAGCGCAACGAGGCCAUCUGGAAGAGCAAGGGCAAGAAGAUGAUCGCCCAGGGACGCAGGUCUCUCGACAUUAGCGAGGAUCGUCGCAAAGGUCCACAGAGCUUGGCUGAUUUCCGCGAUCGCUUUAUCGAUGCUGCUUACCAUCUGGCGGGCGAGCUCGAUAUUCCGUUCGAAGAGAUUGGUGUGCUCUACGACCAUGUCUUGCCCACGGGCACGCGCAGCAGCGCAGGUCAUCAAAACGGCAAUGUGGUCGCCGACAAGUUCACGCCUUCGCGCCAGUUUAACGAUGACGAGAGCUCUAUCAACGGUCCUGUCCCCAGUAUUUUCGGCGAGGGCAACGACCAGGAGGAAGGUGCGAUGCUGUUCUUGGUGCGCGAGCUGCCCAACUCGGCUGCAUCGACCGAGAGGUUCCGCCAGAUGGGCUACCGUAUGACCGAGACGCGCUUCCUCGCCGGUGUGCUGGCCGACCGCGUCGCCGUGCAGAAGGAGGAGAUGGAGCCUCUGCUCGACUCGCUCAAGGUGUACGCCAAGCGCGGAACCCGUCCUGUCGUUCAGCCGGGUGGAGUCUACUGUGGACUGUUCGGCGUGCGUGCGUCGACGAGCAAGGAGGGUGGGCUGGAUGUACUGGUCUACAACUUUGCGCGCCACCAGAUCCCCGCUUACCGUCUGCCGGAUGUACAGUGCAUCACGCCCGAGAUGAAGACGUUCCUCGGCUCGUUGGAUCAGGCGACGAUGGAGGACGCGAUGAAGGUGUGCGAGCGAGAGUCGAUCCGUUCGGGCGAGCGACGCAAGUAUCUGCAGUCGAUCUCGUCGGUCAAUGUGGCGGACAACCACGAGAACGAGACCGAGCAGGGGGCGGUCGAGCUCAUGAUCCAGUUCCAGACCGCGCUCUUUAUCGCCCUCGAUGCGCUGCACAACUCGGUGCGCUUCUACCCCAAGAUUUGCCAGACCGCCAGGAUCAGCGCCGAGGUGCUCGAGGUGCCCAGCAGCUUGGACGACUCGGCCGCGCCUGCCGAGAUGAUUCUGGUCCAGGCCGUGUUGCCCGAGGCGAGGAGCGGCGUGCCUACGUCGUACUCGGCCAGCGAGGGACAGCAUGUGGUCAGCGAGGUGGUGCCGACGGACAAACCGAGUGCAGCGACACCUUUCGUGUUUGUGCCGUACACACUCUUUUCCAAGUCGCAGAUGAUGCUGCUUCGCGGAAGGCAGGCGGACGACUUUGAGCACGAGGUGAUCCUCGAGAUGCGCAGGAGGUAUCCGUCGUCGUUGCAGUCUGAGGCCGAGGAGAAGGGCCUGAUGGACGCUGGCAACAGGAUCAGUCACAAGGAGUCGUUUAUCUCGUCCGGAGGCAGGUUUGUUGCCAAGGGCUAUGCGGGCAGCGAUGACGAUGACAAGCUCGAGACGUCGUCCAAGUUUAGCGAUGAUCAUCCGACGUCGCCGAUCACGAACAAGGUGAGCCUGCUGCCGAGUGCGAAGCGGUGGGUGGGGAGGAGGGGGUCGAAGGAGGAUGGCGAGUGGGCGGCCGAUGGGCAGGGCAAUGGUACGGCGCUGUCGCCGGCGAGGAGGCAGUCGGUGACCUCGUCCAAGUCGAGGCAGACCAACGAGGACCACGAGAUGAGGCAGCUGGAUGGCUUGGAGCGUGCAAGCAGUGUUUCGAGGAAGCCAGUACCUGCCGUGGCCGGUACCAACACGACCAACGCAUCGCUGGGUAUUAGGAGGUUUAUCCAGGGUCAGCAGCAGCAGCAGGACGGUAGUGGGUACGCGCACGACGAUGCGAUCACCGAAGAGGCUCGGGAUGGUGAUGUGCGCUCCGUCUCGUCGGCCGAGAUCGCUGAGAAGGAGACGUCCUUCCCUGUGCCUGCCGCCUACAUGCCCGCUCCCUCUUCGGCUAAUAGCAACUCGCACAACGAUGACUCUGCGACUGCAUUCGGCCAGCAGUUCCCGCCACGCCAGGCGGUCUCGCGCCCCUCGACCGCUCCCGCUAACGUCGUGCGCAGGGAGCUCAACUUCCUCAGGCCUUCGUCGAGUGGUGCCGGCGGUCCGGGUAGUCAACAGCGCGCCAUCCCGCCCUCGCAGAGGCAGAGGCGCAACAGGACCGCGGUCGCUGUUAACCCGCAUGACGAGGGUAGCUUGCUGGCUAGGCUGCAGAGUGACGGCUGGCACACAAGGCAGAUUCAGAGCUUGGAGAGGAGUCCGGCUGGCACGGCAUUGCUUGGGGUUGAUUUUUAA